AUGGCUGACAAAGAAGAGCCGCCACCACCCGGUACUCUGCAAACAUCGUCCCAUCUACCCAUUCUUCAUGCCGUGGAAACUCUGAAAGCGAAGUCAACAGCGACAAGCCAAGCAGCCUCCACCCGAGCCCGUGAACAGAUCGAGAUGCGGAGGGUGGAAAGCGAUACGAAGGAGGAGUUUUUAAAGGUAAGUGAACCCCUGGCAGUGGAGGAAGGCAGGUCAUCGUACCAUGGCCCGACUCUGGAAACUGUUCAGGGGAUUACUGAUUCUUGUUCUAUUUCGAAAUCUUACGAUUUCGAUACACCUGGUAAAAUUGUAUUGGAUUCCGCUCGCGGAAUGGUUAAUUCAAAUCAAAACAUGUCUAGAUUACCUAGAGUUAUGGCAGUGCUCGGAAUAAAAUCCGAUGUAACAAUUUCUGCAUUCAGUGGAUCCAUGAGAGAAGAUUUGGUCGCACUCCGGCGAUCAUUUAUGGAUCAUUUAGGGGCUUCGACCGAAGUCCUCACAGAAAAUAAAAAAGAAAACGAACUGAGAAAGUGCAAGCAGAAAGAUGGUGAGUCUGUCGAUGACUUUUACCAAAGAAUUCUAGCACUCGAAAACGCAGUUUUAACUGAAGAAUCAGCCAAAUGGGUUAGGAAAUUAGCCCUGGAGACAUUUUUAAUUGGUCUCAGCCCUCCUCUGAAACGUCUAGUCCGAAUUGCGUCCCCGAAGACAACAGAGGAAGCAUUCGAAUUGGCACAGACCAUCGAGCUGGUAGAUGCAGCUCUACUCAGAGAGGCAUCCGAAGACGCAAAACUCAAAGAACUGUCUGAAAGCCCGAGAGCCCUGGCUAUCCGUGUUGAGAACCGUCAGCAGCAAGCAAAGUUUGGAGAAAUCCAAGCGAAGAAGGUUUUCAGUUUAUUCUCGGAAACGACUUGUUGUCUCGUUGGCCGAAGUUCACAAUUGACUAUCAAAAGAAAUUAUUCCAUCUCGGAGACGACGCAAUUCCUUUCGGUCGUUCUCAAGGACCCAUCAUCAAGCUCAUCGUCGUCGUCAACGAGCUCGUCGUCAUCUUCAUUCCAAGUCGAAACGGAGCAAGCGUCCGUUCCAGGUAAGUUUAACAAGGAGGUUCAGGUCGGUCAUCGUACCACAAGCCUGAACCAUACCCUUUCUCCAAUUCAAGAAGUUUCUUACCUAUCAUUUUUGACUGUACGUUGUCAUCAAGACUCUGAAUGUCGAGUUGAAUCAUCCGAUUCUGAUUCUGAUUCUUUGAAUCAAGACGAACAUGCUGUUCAUACUAUUGAAGAAAACCCAAAUACGAAAAGUUCGCAUCCAAAAUCCGAAAAUCAACGUUUUCAAGACGUUUGUCAAUGUUGCAAAAGUGUUGGACACAAGUCUAAGAAUAGUAAAAAGAAAGUUCAUAAAAUAAAAAGAAAAGUUUUACAGAAGAAUACUUCAAGAGAAGUCGGCGCCGAAGAUGUUCUCUUUGCUCUAUCAAUCAUGUCAAAGCAAAUCCGAAAGCUUUCAAAAGCUAUGAAGAAGAUGCACACUUCACCCAGUGAAACUCAGAAGAAAAGAAAAGAGGAUCCACGUCCUAUCUCGUCAGCUCCGGAGAGCGUUCCGCCCACUCAUCCCACGUCUCACUCUGAAAUCGAGCAUCCAUGGAAGCUCAUCCCGCCACCAAUUGCGAAAGCUGAUGAAAGAAAAACAGUGAAGCUGAUCCAAGUGGACAGAAGAUUCAAAGGACAAUGUCACUACUGUAAGAAUGUUGGUCACAUGGCUAGGAACUGCAAGAAGAAAGCCUUUGCCGAGAAGAGAAAAGGAUACGAAGAUCAAGCCAGGUCCAUCACAAGUUGUCAAGCCGAAGCCUAA